UUGUCCCCCUCACCACUUAUAGACCAUCAUAUUUAAUAAAUUACAUCCAAAUACCUUCACACUUCACAGAUCAUAUCCUCCAAUUAACUACCUAAAUUCCCAUACCAAACUUUUUUUUUCCAAUAUAUCUUCUAGUCGUUCUCUUCUCUUGUUCAUAUCACACACACAUCUAUACCAAAGAAAAUAGUACUUGGUGUUUUUGAACCGACAUGGUUAACAAGGAAGGUACCAAAAAAAGAAAACUCAGCUGGUACAAGGCACCAAUUAGACUCCUGAUCAAGAUCAGGGACUUCUAUGUCCAUAGCAUCACUGAAUGCUCUGGCCACUUUGAAUAUGGCAUUGGCGCAGCCAUAGCUUGCCCCACGUCUCAAAUCACCACUCUGCCUAAGAGCUUUAGCAUCAACUCCACCAAAUCCAGUAGCAAAGAAGAUUACAGUGAGCUCAUAAGGGUUGCUUCGACAAGGAGUGUAGGCAAUAGAACUCAGUUGGAUUCUCUUCAAAAACAGCAGGUUACCAAGUCUCCAAUGGCAGGGCCUGAUGAUAUUCCUCGAAGCCGCAGUGUUGGUAUUGGAAGGAUCGACGAAGACAAGCCGUGUGAAUUCGAAGAAGAUAUCAAGGUCAACACAGAUGUAUAUCCAAGAAGCAGAAGCUAUGCUGUCACUAGAAGAAGUAGGGCGUUUUAGAAAAGGGGAGCUUUCUUGUCUUCUUUCAUCAUAGUUGAUUGUUUCUUUGUUUAAGUUAUUACAACUGAAAGUAUUUACAGUGGCUGGUGUUCGAGGCUUUGAGAUUUACUGUUGUUGUUGUUGUUUGAUGUUGUCAAUAUUGUAGUUUCAAAUACUUUUCUUAUGAAAUUCUGAGGAAUAGAAUCCACAAGUUUGAUAUUUGCACUA